UAAGCUGUCUGUCACUUGUCUUUCAGAUAUUUAUGUUUUCGGUGUGGGGGCAGCAAUGAACGAGGAGGAAAUCAACAAGUUGGUGUCGAAGAAGAGUUCAGAAAGGCAUUUCUACAAACUAAGAGAUGACACCAAACUGACAUCCUUGUUCAAGAUGAUUAUAGAUGAGAGUAACAGUGUAGACCUGUGUGGUCUAUCCUGGGACCGUGAUGGUGAUGAUUCCACCACAUCCAAACGGCAAGAAUACCCUUGGGUAGUCACAAUCUCUGUCUUGGUCGGAAAGGAGCAAAGAUCUUGCAUGGGUACCCUUGUUACGCCUAGAUUUGUCCUUACAGCUGCUCACUGUUUCAGGGAUAAGCAGAUAGAUAUGAUUAAAGUGAAGGUCUACGACCAGGAAGAUAUGACGUUGGAGCAGAAACCUAUAAUUCAUCCAGAUUAUGAUGUCUUUAAGAAGAAGGACAAAGGGGUUUCAGAGUUUUAUGACUACGAUUUGGCACUCUUGAAGUUGAGUAGUGAUGUCCAAAGGUCUAAAUAUAUCAGGCCCAUCUGUAUUCCUUGUACUAUAUCCUCCAUCCGUGCGUCAGGUCUCCAUACAUCAACAACCUGUAAGGCGCAAGGUGAGUGACAGAAUUUAUCUAAUGAAUGUAAGUGUGUCAUAACUACCCAAACAUAAGCACACAAAAUAUGAGCAGAAACUAUUUAUAGCGCCAAUUAUCAAUAAGCAGAGGCUACGCAACCAUUUUGAACUGUCCCGUC